AAGCAGCCUGGGAGGGAGGGGGUUGGUCAGCUCAGGCAGGUCUGAGUUCGGACCCGAGAGAAGAGGAGUAAAAUGUCAGCGGCGUUCCAAGAAGAGGGCUCUGCCUAGGUAAAGGAGGCGUGGGCGCUGUGAAAAGGGCGUGCUCUGGUGAGCGGGACUCGCGCCACAGGAAAUGGAUGCAGUCCAAUCUGGUGGUGCCCAGGGCCAUUGUGGCGAAACCGCCCUGCUGGUCCAGUGGGACCGCGUCCAGAACCCCAGGCUUAGCUAUCUUUAAAACACCGAGUCGGGUCCCCCACCAGGCACCUGGCCGCAUGCACCUUUCCCGCCGCAGGCAUGCUGCCUUGAGCGACUGACCCCCUGGAGAUCGCGCAUGCCAGGCCUUCCAGAAACGAGGACUCUGCAGACCCAGUCCUCCCCAUACCUCUUCUGCACAGAAACUACGCUCCUGCCUUACCCACCCUAACCAACAGAACACAGCUUCCAGACCUCUGAGGCAGGAGGCCCUCAGUUCUACCUCAUGUUUGGGGCCCCUUGCUAACUAUGGCCCUGACACUUGGCUUCCUGCUGCUGCUGGGCCUGUGCCAGAAUACCGUUUCAGAGGGGCCGCCGUCAUCCACAAGGGGUUCUGAUGUUCCGGAGUUUGAACUGCCAGCAACGAACUAUGAGACCAAAGACUCUUAUGAACCUGGACCCAUUGGCGUUCUCUUUCAAAUUGUGGAGACCUUUCUUCACGUGCUGCAGCCCAAUGCUUUCCCUGAAGAUAUUUUAAGGAAAAUAAUACAAAAGAAGUUUGACCUCUCAACUGAUUAUGAGAAGAUCAUCCGCUAUGAGAUUGGGAUUAUUAUCUGUGCUGUCCUGGGACUGCUUUUUGUUAUUCUGAUGCCUCUGGUGGGGUUUUGCUUUGCUUUGUGUCGUUGCUGUAACAAGUGUGGCGGAGAAAUGCACCAGCGACAGAAGAAAAAUGGGACCUUCCUGAGGAAGUACUUUGCAGUCUCCCUCUUGGUGAUCUGUAUAUUUAUAAGCAUUGGUAUCAUCUAUGGUUUUGUGGCAAACCACCACCUGAGGACCCAGAUCGAAAACACUCGGAAACUGGCAGACAGCAAUUUCAGAGACUUGAGAACUCUCCUGAAUGAAACUCCAUCGCAAAUCAACUAUGUAUUGGGCCAGUAUACCACCACUAAGGAAAAGGCAUUCUCAGAUCUGGACAAUAUUAAAUCGUUGCUAGGAGGUGGAAUUCAUGAACAACUAAGACCGAAAGUGAUCCCCGUUCUCGAUGACAUCAAGGCCAUGGCAGAAGCAAUCAAAGAAACCAAAGACGCCCUGUUGAACGUGAACAAUACCCUACGGAACUUGAAAAGAUCAACUGCACAACUCAAUAGCAGCCUGAGUGACAUUAAAACGAACCUGGAGCAAUCACUCAAUGACCCCCUGUGCUCUGUACCUCCAGUGACUGCCACUUGCAAUGACAUCAGAAUGACUCUAAACCAGCUGGAUGACAACACCAAUGUGGAUGAGCUCCCAUCUUUGAAUAAGCAACUUGAUAAUGUUAAUGAUGUUCUUCGAACAGAUUUGUCCAGUCUGGUUCAGAAGGGCAAUAAAUCCUUUAAUGAUAUACCUGAGAUGGUACAGAACCAAACCACAGACAUGGUAUCAGAUAUCAAAAGUACCUUGAAUUCCAUUGGUUCGGCUAUCAAAAAUAUAAAUGAACAGAUUGCUAUUCAGGAUAAGCUGUCGAUUUUCCUGGAUCCCAUUAAUCACGUUGAGACUUACAUCCACGAAAAAUUACCCACAUUGGAAGAAUAUGAUUCAUACAGGUGGCUGGCGAGCUUGGUUGUCUGCUGUUUGCUGACUCUCAUCAUGAUUUUUUAUUACCUGGGCUUAUUGUGUGGCAUAUUUGGCUAUGACCGGCAUGCCACCCCAACCAGACGAGGCUGCAUCUCAAACACCGGAGGCAUCUUCCUUAUGGCAGGGGUUGGAAUCAGUUUCCUCUUUUGUUGGAUAUUGAUGAUCAUUGUGGUUUUUACUUUUGUUGUUGGUGGAAAUGUGGAAAAAUUGGUCUGUGAACCUUACCAAAACAAGAAGUUAUUCCAGAUUUUGGACACACCAUAUUUACUGAAUGAGAAUUGGAAACACUAUCUCUCUGGCAUGGUAUUUAACAAACCGGAUAUUAAUCUCACUUUUGAACAAGUUUACAGUGAUUGCAAAGAAAAUAAAGGCAUUUAUGCCACACUUAAGCUGGAAAACCGCUACAAUAUUAGUGAGCAUCUCAACAUUCAAGAGCAUACCGGAAACAUAAACAGUAGUUUCGAAAACAUGAAUGUAAAGAUUGACAAUAUUGUUCUGCUGGACGCAGCAGGAAGAAAAAACCUUAUGGAUUUUAGUUCUUCAGGAGUUGACCAAGUAGAUUAUGACGCUUUCUUGGCUGAGAUAGCUAAACCUCCCACAAAAGUGAAUCUUUUGUCAUUUGCAGAGGAACUAGAGAGAAAAGCCAACGAGUUGCCCCCCGGAAACUUGAAAAGGUCCCUGACAAGUAAUGCACAAACGAUUAGAACAGUUUACCACGACCAAGUCAUGCCUUUGGGACAACUGAUGAGAAGUUCAUACCGAAGUAUCGAGAAUCUUCAAAACAAAAGCAGUGGAUUGGGGGUGAAAGUGGUCAAUAUCAUUUCCUCUUUGGAUUCUGCUCAGGACUUCAUCACAAACCAUAUUUCCUCUAUUAUUGUUCAAGAAAGUACCAAGUAUGGGAAUAUGAUACUUGGAUAUUUUGAACGUUAUCUGCAGUGGGUCAAAAUCUCUAUCACCGAGCAAGUUGCAGCCUGCAAACCCAUGGCCACGGCUUUAGAUUCUGCUGUUGACAUCUUCCUGUGCAGCUCCAUUAUCAAACCCAUGAAUCUGUUUUGGUUUGGCAUUGGAAAAGCUACCAUAUUUUUACUUCCGGCUAUCAUUUUUGCUGUCAAGUUGGCCAAGUACUAUCGUCGAAUGGAUUCAGAGGACGUGUAUGAUGAUGUUGAAACUGUACCCAUGAAAAAUGUGCAAAAAGGUCAUAUUGGUUUUCAUAGACAUCAAACCACUCAGUCUCUAUGAACAAAGUUUUUAAACAGAUCCAACUGCACGAGUUCGUGAUCUGAGCAUCUCCAAAGAUUGGAAAAGAAACGUGCCCUUCAGGAGUUCUCAUAUUUGGUGACACCAUGUGAAACAUGUACCAACAGGUCCCAAAAGGUCCCAAAAGGAAAAGCGUGCACACCUAUUUUCCACCUUUAGAAGUUUGGCUUUAAUCAUCUGAGCCUUCUAUGAAAAUUCAAAUAUGUAACACAUUAAUUAACUUUCCGUUUAGCCUUUGGGACCAAACAUGAAUUUUGUCACAUUUCGUUGCAUGGGAACUUAGGCCUGUAGUUAGAGAAAGUCAGCAGAUAGCAAUACGUGUGUGAACAAUAAAAGAAUGAUUGCAGAAAUAUGACUCCGAUCUUCUUGAGAAGUAUAUCUAUACAAUAGUUAUCAUUUAAGUCACUGUAUUAUUUUCUUAAGGCUGCGACAACAAAGUACACAAAUUGAGUGGCUUAAAGUACACAAAUUAUGAGAGAAUUGUGUAUUCUGUCACAAUUAUGGAGACCGGAAGACUGAAAUCAACAUAUAAUAUUAGCAGAGUUGGUUCCUUCUAGAGGGCCUGGGGAGAGUCUGUUCCAUACUUCCAACCUAGAUUCUGAUGACUGCAGGAAAUCCAUAGAGUUCCUUGGCUUGUACACUUACCACCCCAAUUUCUGCUUCUAUCUUCACAUGGAAUUUGGAGUUUUCUUUUCUAUGACUAGGUCCAAAUUUCCCUCGUCUUAUAAGGAAUGACUGGAGCAGGGCUCAGCCUCAUCAAGAAUGAUCUCAUUUUAAUUUCAUUAUAUCUGCAAUCAGCCUAUUUCCAAACAUUCACAGGUUCUAGGUGGACAUGAAUUUUGAGGGGACAUUAUUUAACUCAGCAUAGUCACCCAACAGCAAUAGCAAAUACCUAAAAAGAUAGAGAAGUGGACAUGAAAGAGAGCAACAUUAUAUACACAGAAAUUAAACUAAAUUACCAAACUCAGAAAGGACAAAAAAGAAAAAAUUUUAUUAAACAUGGUGACUCACUCCCCUCUGAAUUUUAUGUUUCUCUUUAUCUACAAACACAUUGGGAAUCCACUGCUUGGGUACAUAAAUUGUGUCUAACUUAGUGAUGGCCAGCCCUGAUACACAGUGGAUUCACCUGGGGGAACUUUUUAAAAAUACUGAUGCUUGGGUCCCACCCC